AUGGCUGAUAACAGCUCCCCGGAUUAUAAAACUCUCUAUCUGCAGGCGGAAGAGAGACGGAAGCAAGAAGAGGAGAGACGGAAGGAGGCAGAAGAACGCAACCAACAGACCUCUUUCACGGAGCUCUUACGACACUGUCAUGAUACAAUCUCCCGCCAAUUGAGAGUUCAGACACCAUCUCGCUCAACCUCUGGCAAAAUACCCGCUCCGACUGGGAAGUUUUGCCCAACUCGAUUGGAACAUUGGGAUGAUUGCCCAGAGCAGUUGCUAAGGGUCUACAAUUCUGUCUGCCAGUAUCUACAGCCAAGAUCAGGGCUGUCACAACGCUUGUUUUCCCCUCUGCUGGAGUUGAAAGGACUCGGCCGCCGAUUUGCCCGCAAGCCCCUCAGCAGUGAGCAAGAUCUCGAGGCCUAUGAGCGGUUUGGAGUGGAAGAGCAUGUCCAUGAUAUAAUAUCACAGUUAUGCAAAAUACCAGCGGCAUGUGCUGAAUUUGGCCUCGGUGAUGGGAUUCAGUUCAGCAAUCACAAUCAUUCUUUGAGCAGGGACGAGACCGUUGGAGCAGAUGAGAGUCAUCUGUCAAGCACACCUCAUCCACGACCAGAUCAGUUUUGCAUCCAUCGGGUCGACGGCAACACGAAUACCCUCCUUACAACUGUCGAGUACAAGCCGCCUCACAAACUGCCUGUCGCAGCUCUUCGCAUGGGACUACGACCAAUGGAUUUAUGGAAGACAAUGGUCAGAUCAAAUAAAAUACCCACGGAUGAGCAUGCGAAACUGAGGUACAAUGCGGAGCGGCUAGCCUGCUCUGCUGUUGUCCAAGAAUACCAUGCGAUGUUCGAAGAAGGAUGCGAGUAUUCCUAUGUGACAAAUGGACUUACCCGUAUCCUACUUCGUGUUCCGCAAGAUGAACCGACCACGCUCUAUUACUUUUUCUGCGAUCCCCACAGCGAAGUGGACCCAGCGGGCGACAUAACUUCACAGUUAUCGAAGACCUCUGUUGCGAGGGUAUUAUGCCUCUGUUUGCUGGCAUUCCGAUCACCCUCUCGUGGGCAAGAGUGGAGAAAUCGCUGGCGGCCCGAUCUUCAUACGUGGCAAACAAGCUUUGAACAUGCCCGAUCCCAGAUUUCGAGCAAAGAAUUAGAGCAGAUUCCCCACUCCGACAGCACCAACCCUGAGUUCCCGAGUCCUGAAUCUGGGUCGUCCUAUGAGCUGCCCUCGUCAUCCCCGCUACCGUCUCCCUCAGAUGGCCGUCGAGUGCCUACACGAUCUCAAAGCAAUUGUGCACCUUGGGAGAUCCGACCGCGCUCGCAGUCACCUAACUCGUCCGGCUCCGACACAAAUCAAGCAGCUGGCCACAAGCGGACGAUCAGUAAAGUAACGCCUUCAACUCCUUCACCGUCCGCACGGCGAUCAGGUCACCAACAAAAGUCAGGCUGUGACCAAGAAGACCAUUCCCGACGCCAUGCUGCACAAUUUUGCACGCAGCGAUGUUUACUCGGCCUACAAACUGGGGAGUUUUUGGACGAGUUGUGUCCAAACGUGGACCAUCAUCGUGAGGGCCAGAACGAUCCGAGCCAUCAUUCUAUCUCGGUCGGAGAUCUGAUGCUUUCACUGAAAAGCCAAGUAGACGAAAACAUCGAUCGUUGCAUUCCCUUUGGUCGCUGUGGCUCCUACGGUGCGCCUUUCAAAUUGACGUGCACGAAAUAUGGCUAUACGGUCAUCGGUAAAGGCACCACUUCGGGCUUAUGGAAGGAAGUUUCCCGCGAAGCGCAGGUAUAUCAGGUCUUGCGCAAGGCUCAAGCAUCUGCCGUGCCUGUGUUUUUGGGGACGAUUGAUUUAGCAAAAAUCUACUUUCUUCAUGGCGCUGGACAGAUCCGCCAUAUGCUCAUAAUGGGCUGGGGAGGUGAGAGCACCGCCAAGAUGGACCUGACGCAGCGACUUCGCCGCGAAAUUCACAAAUCGAACGAAGAAAUCAAAGCUCUCGGGAUAAUACACGAAGACCUUAGGCGAGACAAUGUUCUUUGGAAUGAAGAGCUCGGGCGUGCUUUGAUCAUCGACUUUCACCGCUCUACUCUGAGACGCCGACCAGCUAAGCAGCGGCCGGGGGCCACAAAACGACGGCUAUGUCAAGCAGAGGAGGCAGCAAAUGUGAAACGCGUCCGUGUUUUGUGA